AUGUCUUCCAAACCCUCUCAAGAAAUCAUGGAUACUCCAAUUCAUAUCGAUACACCUCUCGAGGAAAUCGGAGAGGUGUAUAAUAAAUUGAAAGAUUGUUUUCAUUCUGGUAUAACGACAAGUUUAGAUUAUAGGAUUUACAAUCUCAAACAAUUAGGAUAUCUUUUACAUGAUAAUGAGAAAAGGAUCGAGUUGGCAUUGAAACUUGAUCUCGAUAAGGGUAGACAAGAUAUGGCUUUGAGUGAUCUCAUGGCUACUUAUAACGAGAUUGAACUAGCCAUUCGUUGUACGAAGAAAUGGAUGAAAGAUGAAACUCAAUAUAAAGAUGCUUUAUUAGCUUAUAAAUUCAUGAGACCUAGUGUGAAGAAACAACCUAGGGGUUUGGCUUUGAUUAUAAGUCCUUGGAAUUUCCCCUGGCAAUGUUCUUUGUGUCCUUUGGUAGGAGCCAUAGCGGCCGGUUGUCCAGCUAUCAUAAAACCUUCGGAACUUGCACCUACUUCUUCCGCCCUUCUGGCUGAAUUAUUACCUCGAUAUUUAGAUCCGGAAGGUUAUGCUGUGGUUCUUGGAGGAGUUGAACAAUCCACCAAGUUGUUGGAAUACCAAUGGGGUCAUAUCCUUUUUACCGGAUCCAACAGAGUCGGAAAAUUGGUCGCUGCAGCAGGGGCGAAAACCCUCAGUCCUACCACUCUCGAAUUGGGAGGGAAAAGUCCGGUGAUAUUGAGCAGUUGUGCAGAUGUUAGAAUAGCCGCUGCUAGGAUGUUCAGUAUCAAGCAAUUCAGUUGUGGACAGAUGUGCGUUGCUCCGGAUUAUGUGCUGUGCGCCAAAGAUAGGGUGGACGAUUUUGUUGAGGCUUGUAAAGAUGUUCUGAAAACUCAAUACCCUUCUUCACCCGAUCCAAACGCUAUGAUCCACUCACCUUCUACUUCUGCAAUGCAGAAUGAGGCCGCUUUUCAACGUCAAAUGAACAUACUUGAUAAAGCGGAAGCAGAGGGUAAGUUGGUGUACAGAGGAGAAGAAGAUCGUCUACGUCGUCGGAUGGGAUUCAGUGUUGUGAAAUUGAACGAGGAUGGGAAAGAUGAGACUGGACCUUUGGUUGAAGAAGAAUUGUUCGGUCCUGUCUUACCUGUGAUCCCCGUCCGAGACAUAGAUGCCGCUAUACGGUACAUAAACUCCCGACCUCAUCCCCUCGCUCUUUACGUAUGUUCAAGCAAACGCUCGGCGUUCGAUAAAGUGGUAAAUGAAACGACGAGCGGGUCUAUAACUUGGAAUGAUUUUGGUUUCGCUACCAUCUCACGAACACAACCGUUUGGCGGGGUAGGGGAUUCAGGAUGGGGAUCUUAUCAUGGUUACGAUGGAUUCCGAACUUUUAGUCAUUUCAAGACUGUUAUAAAAGUACCUCUCAUAUUCGAACCCAUCAUGUCCCUCCGUUAUCCUCCAAUGUCCCGAUUGAAAGAAAACUUAUUCGUAUAUUUCCUAUGUAUGGGUAUACCUUACAAUCGACCUGUAAGUGUAGAGGAUGAAAGGAGAAAGAGACGAAGGGGAGAGAUGAUCAGUUGGGUCAUAUGGAUUAUUGGAAUCACAAUAGUAGGGUAUGGUUUGUGGGUCUUGAUUCGAAACAAGUUGGCGUAA